AUGACCGCAUCUGGCCGUGCCAACCCCUACAGCAUCGUGUCGUCCGAGGAGGACGGGCUGCACCUGGUCACCAUGUCGGGCGCCAAUGGCUUCGGCAAUGGCAAGGUGCACACUCGGCGCAGAUGCCGGAACCGCUUCGUCAAGAAGAACGGCCAGUGCAACAUCGAGUUCGCCAACAUGGACGAGAAGUCGCAGCGCUACCUGGCCGACAUGUUCACCACCUGCGUGGACAUCCGCUGGCGGUACAUGCUGCUCAUCUUCUCGCUGGCCUUCCUUGCCUCCUGGCUGCUGUUCGGCAUCAUCUUCUGGGUCAUCGCCGUGGCCCACGGGGACCUGGAGCCGGCCGAGGGCCGCGGCCGCACGCCCUGCGUGCUGCAGGUGCACGGCUUCAUGGCGGCCUUCCUCUUCUCCAUUGAGACGCAGACCACCAUUGGCUACGGGCUGCGCUGCGUGACCGAGGAGUGCCCGGUGGCCGUGUUCAUGGUGGUGGCACAGUCCAUCGUGGGCUGCAUCAUCGACUCCUUCAUGAUCGGCGCCAUCAUGGCCAAGAUGGCACGGCCCAAGAAGCGCGCCCAGACGCUGCUGUUCAGCCACAACGCGGUAGUGGCGCUGCGCGACGGCAAGCUCUGCCUCAUGUGGCGCGUGGGCAACCUGCGCAAGAGCCACAUCGUGGAGGCCCACGUGCGGGCCCAGCUCAUCAAGCCCCGGGUCACGGAGGAGGGCGAGUACAUCCCGCUGGACCAGAUCGACAUCGACGUCGGCUUCGACAAGGGCCUGGACCGCAUCUUCCUCGUGUCGCCCAUCACCAUCCUGCACGAGAUCGACGAGACCAGCCCGCUGUUUGGCAUCAGCCGGCAGGACCUGGAGACGGACGACUUUGAGAUUGUGGUCAUCCUGGAGGGCAUGGUGGAGGCUACGGCCAUGACCACACAGGCCCGCAGCUCCUACCUGGCCAACGAGAUCCUGUGGGGCCACCGCUUCGAGCCUGUCCUCUUCGAGGAGAAGAACCAGUACAAGAUCGACUACUCGCACUUCCACAAGACAUAUGAGGUGCCGUCCACGCCCCGCUGCAGCGCCAAGGACCUGGUGGAGAACAAGUUCCUGCUGCCCAGCGCCAACUCCUUCUGCUACGAGAACGAGCUGGCCUUCCUGAGCCGCGACGAGGAGGACGAGGCGGAUGGAGAGCAGGACGGCCACGGCCCCCAGGCCAGGCGCGACUUUGACAGACCCCAGGCCGGCACCGCCCUCGAUCAGCGGCCCUACAGACGGGAGUCCGAGAUCUGAGCCGCCAGCGGCCAAGGUGCAGCAUCCGCCCCGCUGGGGAAAGGCCCCGAGUCCCGCGAGGGCCCCGGGCC